ACGACCUACCAGUGCAUUCAUCGGGACGUCAAACCGGAAAACAUAUUACUCACGAAAGACUGUGUCGUCAAACUAUGCGACUUUGGGUUCGCCCGUACUCUAAGCCCGGGCGAGAACUACACGGACUACGUGGCCACGCGUUGGUAUAGAGCACCCGAACUACUGGUAGGCGAUACCCAAUACGGACCCGCAGUAGACGUGUGGGCCAUAGGCUGCGUAAAUGCCGAACUGAUGAGGGGUGAGGCCCUAUGGCCGGGCAAGUCAGACGUGGAUCAGCUGUAUUUGAUUAGGAAAACUAUGGGCGACCUAUUGCCCAGACAUAUGACGGUGUUUAAGGGAAAUGAGUUCUUCGCUGGGGUUACGCUUCCGGAGCCCGAGACUCAGGAGCCCCUGGAGUCCAAGAUACCCAAGAAUAUCGAGGAGUCGGGUAUGGAUUUUCUGCGUAAAUGUCUCGAUAAGGACCCCCAGAAGAGGCCGGUAUGCGAACAACUUCUAAGACAUCAGUACUUUAUUAAUGUGAAGAUACCGGAGCUCGAGACCGAUAAUGUCAAUGAGACUAAGUUUCGACAGCGAUCUAAAUACGGACAGUCAAUACUACCGACGCUGACAGGUAAAAGCGGAACCCCUGACAUCCGGUCCGUGCAGUUGCACUCGCGAUACGUCAACAACCGGGCGGCGGGUGUGGGCCCACCCAUACACCACCAGAGCUCACUCGACCGCAACGACAACUUCGGACCACUCAUACGGACCACACGUUUCGAUCAUUUGCCGAAUAUAUGAGUCAACCAAAUGUGCAAAUCCUUUACAAAACAUGUUUAUAAUUAUGUAAUACUUUUGAUUCGUUUUGAAUCAUUCAAACACAC